AUGGAGCUGACCCGGCGCUUCCCGGCGCGCCUCGUCCUGGCGCUGCAGCUGCUGGCCGCGAAGCUUCUGGCGCACCAAGGCUGCGAAAAUGGGCAGGUCACUUCGUCUGGAAACUGCUGCACCCUCUGCCCCCCGGGCUUUGGGGCACGCGUGCCCUGUGGUAGCACCAACACCGUUUGUGAGCCCUGCCAAGAAAGUGUGACGUUCUCCUCCAUCACCAGUGCCACCGAUCCUUGCCAGCCUUGUUCAUCAUGCCCGAGCCAUCUUCCCCUGCUGGAUUCUUGCACCCCGACCCGUGACACUCUCUGUGCCACCAACUGCCCCCAUGGGCAUUACCUUGCCCCAGGAAAUGGGACCCAGCCUCGGGGGCCCUGCGUGCCUUGCCAAGCGUGCCAAGAAGGCUUUGGAGCCAUAAAGGCCUGCGGGCCCAGCACGGACACGGACUGCCAAAAGUGCCCCGAUGGCUAUUAUUCGGAGGUGAAGAGCCCUUCCGAGCCGUGCCUUCUCUGCCGACAGGAAUGUGGCAGAAAUGAAGUCAUGAUCCAGCCUUGCACUCCACUCUCAGACACUCUCUGCAUGGACAAAGAGCUGCAGAUCCUGAAGCGCCCUGAGGGGGGGCCCUGGAAAGACCCCCCGAGAAGGACAUCACCCCUGGAUGCGGAAGGCAGCGAUUCUCCCAAUGCGUCCUCCGAGUUUGUUCCCCCCCUGGCGGACGACCACCACGACAACAUCAUUCCUGUCUACUGCUCCAUCCUGGCGGCUGUGGUGGUGGGCCUCCUCGGCUACGUGGCUUUCAAAUGCUGGACAACUUGCAAACAGAAACACCAGCUAGCCAAGGCCCGCAUGGGAGAGUUGGGGUCCUCCCCAGAGGGGGAGAAACUUCACGGAGACAGCGGCGUCUUCCUCGACACCCACAGCCUCCAGGAACACCACCCACUCAACAAGGGACCCAGAGCUGACCCCCGACUGUACGGCAGCCUCCCUGCCACCAGGCAGGAGGAAGUGGAGCAGAUGCUGGAAAUGCCCACCCCCCAUGGCAAGGACUGGCGCAGCCUGGCCAACCACCUGGGCUACGAGGAAGAGACCAUCGAGACCUUUGGCUGGGGAGAGGCCCCCGCCCACACGCUGCUCUCCGAUUGGUCAGCCCGGGAGGGGGCCACCCUGGAGGUCCUGUGCACGGCGCUGGCCGCCAUUGAGAGGGGUGACGUGGUGGACCAUUUGAACGUCCCCGUCGAGGUCAGCUCCGUGGUGUGAAGGACCUGCUGCUGCUGCGGCCAAUGGACCUACAACGAUG